CUUUUAUAUUUCCGAUGAAAAAUUUGUUUCUUUAAAAUCCAAAAAACUUGUACUCGAUGUAUUCCAAAAUCGAGAGAGACGAAGGAGGAGACGACGAACAGAGAGGAAUCGAUCAGAGAACAAGUUUGACAGCAACGCCGCUUUCGCCGGCGGCGGUUUCAUGGCUUCACAGACAACUAAGCAAGCGCCUGAUUUCGCAUCGUCCUUCAAGAACCGCGAUGUACGUACCUUGCUUCCCCUGACACUGAAGCAGUUGAAUAGUGUAUCAACCAAUGGUGAAUCAAACUUCUCCAUAGACGGCGUUGACAUUAACACUGUUGCAAUUGUUGGACGAGUUGCUAGAAUGGAGAACAGAAUCACUCAGGUUCACUUUGUUGUAGAUGAUGGUACAGACUGCAUUGAAUAUAACUGCUGGUGUCAUGAAUGUCAAGAAACUGAAGUGGGAGCAGUCAGGCUGGGAAUGUAUGUUCGCCUACAUGGACACCUAAAAAGUUUCCAGGGGAAGCGAUCUGUGAAUGUUUUCUCAGUCAGGCCUGUCAUUGACUUCAACGAGUUUGUUCACCACUUUACCGAGUGUAUCUAUGUCCACAUGUACAACACCAAGUCAUGGGCCCCAAAUGCUGUAUUCAACUAUGCCAACCCCUCUGCAAAUCCAUACCAAACUGGUCCAUCUAAUCAGUUCCCAAACCAAUUCAAUGAUCCAAUGUACGGGGUAAAGCAGGAGGUCAUGAAUUACUUGAAUCAACCUAUGCACCUGUAAGUUUAUCCAAAAUCCCUCAAAAGAUCCCUAUUUAUAUCAUUCAUACAGCUUUCAAUACUCAUUAUUGAACUUUAUAGUUAAGAAAAUAAUUAAAUCAACCACUAAAGCCUCGUAGAGCUAACCUUGAGUAAGUUGUAGCUAAAAGCCCCGCAUUCAGGUACCACAAGUAUAAGCCAUGUCGCAGUUUAAAAUAAGUUAUUGCAGAAG